UAAAAAGCGUGAAAUACGUAUGUUUAUUUUAUCAUCCCGGUUUACGAAUUAUUAGUAUUGUUUAUACUUGUCACUAUCCCGAGGUUGCACGUGAAUGUCGAGAAUGAUGAUACCAAGAUUUUUUAGUCAGUUUUCUCGUUGUCUUGAAAUUAAAACCUCUCUUUGCAGAAACUAUCAUCAUGUGAGACCAGUUAUAAAACGUAAUCUUAUCAAGCCUGAAGUUGAUCUUUCUCUACAUGAUCCACAUGGUAAAUAUAGUCCUCAAGUUAGAGAAUUUAUAAAAGCUAGAGACUUUGAAAAUGCAGGUGGAAGAAAAGUUGAUGUCAUAUCUUUAACUACUGGAGAGAAUAAAGGAGUUAUAGAACUUAAUAAUUUUGUUUUUGGUGCUAACCCAAGGAUUGACAUAUUGCAAAGAAAUGUUGUAUGGUAUAGAGCAUGUAUAAGGGCAGGUACAGCAUGCACAAAAACACGUGGUGAGGUUCGUGGAGGAGGUAGAAAGCCAUGGCAGCAAAAGGGACUGGGUAAAGCUAGACAAGGAAGUAUAAGAGCUCCACAUUGGAGAAAAGGCGGUGUGUCAGGUGGUCCUAAACCAAAAGAUUAUUCCUAUGAACUACCCUUUAAAGUUAGAAGAAUGGGUUUACGUACAGCUCUUUCUUGCAAGUUCGCGCAAGGUGACUUGACAGUGGUGGAGGAUUAUAAUAAUCUUACAGAAACGAAUUUUUCAGAUGCCGUGACAAGUUUAUCUUUGCAAAGCUCACUUUUUGUGGAUGGAUUUGAAAACGAUUAUUUGGAUUCUUUAGUGUCUGGUUUUGAAAAAAUCGAUUUCAAACCAGCAUUGCUUUUACAUGUCUACGGUAUGCUGAUUCGUUCCAAAUUGGUAUUAUCUUUGCAAGCAGUCCGUAUUCUUGAAGAAAAAUUAUGCGAAGAUAAUCGUAUAGUCACUGACCCUCGCUAUGAACUUUAUCAUCAAAAUAUGUUACUUGACAAAAGUAACCUCUUCAAAGAGUUUGAUCCAAAGAAAAAGGAGUUACGAGGUCGACUUAUACCUGAACUUCCGAAAAAAUCCAUCAGACAUAAGCUUCCGAUGAGUAGACAAGAUCAGUAGUUAUUUUUAUUUAAUGAUAUUUUUAUAAACUGUUUUAACGGUGCCAUUUCUCAAGUACAAGUCUUUAUUAAAAAUUAUAAAGAGUUAAUUUUCAA